CGAAAAUGUCAUCGACGGAUGUUUACGUUUGUAAUUUGUGAAUAAUAAUUAUAAUAAUUGUGAAUAAUAAUAAAUUAUUUAUUUUAUUGAACACGAUAAUGACGAUAAUCUGCUAGUAGGUACAGGUACAACUUUACAUCAGGCCAAGAAAGUUAUUUUGAUAGUAAUAAAUGCAUAAGUCAUCAUGGAAUUAGCAAUGGUAACAAUUCUAGAACAGCAGAUUGCAAAGAUUGACUAUCCAGCACCGGAAUCCUCUGACCUGAAAAGCAUCGAUGAUGUCUGUCAUAGCGAAGCACCACAACAGACUCCAAGAGAUAACCAGCCUUCGUCGGAAUCCAUCCACUUCGAGACGGCAAACGAUGUCCCCGACAAUAAAGAAGCAUCCAAAUGUCCUAUCUGUGAAAAAUUGUUCUCCGAACCACGUUUGAUGGCACGCCAUAUGAUCAUCCACAAUGGUGAACGACGCCACAAAUGUGAAACCUGCGCGCGACAAUUUUUACGAAAGAAUGAUCUCACCGCUCAUGUACGCACUCAUACCGGAGAGAAACCUUUUGUGUGCGAUAUAUGUGGCAAAGGAUAUACCAGAAACGGUCAUCUGACUUCGCACAAACGUCUACACACCGAGAACACGUUCAAAUGUGAUGUGUGUGGAAAAAUCUUUGUUGACCAUUUUCGAUUGGUCAUCCACAAAAACAUUCAUAGCGGAGAGCGACCCCACACAUGUGACGUAUGUGGCAAAACGUACUUUGACCCGAAUCAGCUUGUGCUGCACAAACGCAAACAUAACAGCGAGCGACCAUACAAGUGUGAUAUUUGUGGCAAAGGAUACCUCGUAAACAACCAUCUCGUGAAGCACAAGCUUAUUCAUACAGGCGAGCGCCCGCUGGCGUGUGACAUAUGUGGUAAAGGAUUCCGGGACGGCAGUUCUCUCAAUGUUCACAAACGUAUUCACACGGACGCAAAACCCCACGAAUGUGACAUCUGUGGUAUGAAGUUCUUUGCCAGCAUGCACUUGAUGUACCACCGACGAACCCAUACCGGCGAACGGCCACACAAAUGCGAUCUUUGUGGCAAAGCAUUUAUCAGAAGCACAAUUCUGGAGAUACACAUGCGAACGCAUACCGGUGAUCGGCGCUAUCAGUGUGACAUAUGUGGGUCGAAGUUCGGGGAGGGAGGACAGCUGAAACGACACCAGCGCAUUCAUACCGGCGAGCGGCCGUAUAAGUGCGAUAUCUGCGAACGAGACUUUCCAUAUCGGGAGAGCUUUGUGAAGCAUCGUAAAAGUCACACAAUAAAACGUGAAGGCGUGGUUUGAUGUCUUCAGCGGUGUAUAGUAUACAA